AUCCUUUCAGUUUCUCUCUCUAGAAAAAAAUAAAAGAAAAUGGGAAGAUCUCUCCUAUAUCCGCCGCCGUUGCCUUGCAAUUCCGACGACGGAGACAAACUCCAAGAAUAUUCCGACCAAUCAAAGUCUUCCUCAAGCUCAUCAUCCUUUACUUCUCAGCUAAGUCUCCCUUCCGUUCCUUCCCUAACACCCCAUUCCCAAACCCUCGAACACGCCGCCACCUCCGCCGCCGCCCACCACCACUGCUUAGCCACGCUCAAGGGCCACUCCUCCUACAUAUUCUCCCUCUCACUCGCCGGGAAACACCUCUACAGCGGCGCUUCCAACGGCGAAAUCCGCGCAUGGGACCGUUACCCAUCCUCAUCCACCCACAGUUAUAACACCGUUACAGAAGGCCAUAACGCCGUUAAAUCCAUCGCCGUCUUGGGAGAAAAGCUCAUAACAGCCCACCAAGACCACAGAAUCCGAAUAUAUAAAAUCCACAACAACCAAAAAUACAGACUUAUUACAACACUACCAACCGCAACCGACAGCUGCAUGAGGCUCUUCUCCGCCAAAAACUACGUCGAAAUCCGCCGGCACGUGAAGCGCACGUGGGUUCACCACGUGGACGCCGUUUCGUCUCUUGCUCUGUCGGAAAACGGCUCUUUGUUGUAUUCCGUCUCGUGGGAUCGGUCUAUCAAAGUGUGGCGAACCUCCGACUUCAAGUGCGUCGAGUCGUUGCACAACGCACACGAGGACGCCAUAAACGCCGUCGUUUUAUCCUCCGACGGCGGCCAUUUUUACACGUGUUCUGCUGAUAAAACAAUCAAAGUAUGGAAAAAGCAAGAAGGGACGAAAAAAGUCAAACAUGCACUCGUCUGCACGCUGGAAAAGCAUAGUUCUUCUGUGAAUGCAUUGGCUUUGGGCGGCGAUGGGUCUGUGUUGUACUCCGGCGCCUGCGACAGGUCGAUAAUAGUGUGGGAGAAGGGCGGCGGCGCCGCCAUGUGGGCGGUGGCGGGGGCGCUGAGGGGGCAUAAGAAGGCUAUACUUUGUCUGGGUGUUGUUUCGGAUUUAGUGUGCAGUGGAUCGGCGGACAAGACGGUUAGGGUUUGGAGGAGAGGGUGUGGAAAUAGCUAUUCUUGCCUGGCAGUUCUUGAAGGGCAUAAUGGUCCAGUCAAGUGUUUGACUGCAGCUUUGGAUCAUAAUUAUAAUUACCAUAAUAAUAAUAAU